UGGACUCAAUUCUGUCUGGCGAUGGGAGAGUGAAAAAAACGCUUGCCAGAAAAAAUUAAUCACUGCGGAAACAGAAGACUCUGCUCUCAGCUUAGCCGCUUGUCGAUUAUUUUCUUCAGAUUCAGCAGGAAUAUGGCCCAAAGCAACAGGAGACGUUUCCAUCGGAAAUGUCUUAGCGAAAAUCAAUAUCAAUAGCAUAGAUGUGGUUCCAGUUUCAACUGAAGCUCCAGCAUCUGCCUUGCUUCGAUCUGCUGCGAAGGAGUUCCAGAAAGACAUUGAGGCCUCGGUGAGAGGAAACAUCAAAGCAGGUGGUAAAUCAGUGAUAGUCAACGUCGAUAUCAAGAAGCCUUCAGUGUCACGAUUAACUUUGGACACAGACGAGAGCUAUACUUUGAACAUAAGCGAAUUAUCGGAUGGGCGGAUUCAAGUGCUCAUCACAGCUACUACUUUCUUUGGAGCUCGACACGGUCUCCAAACACUCACCCAGUUGAUAAUAUACGACGAUUUGAGAGACGAGUUGCAAAUUCCAAGGGACGUUCUGAUCACGGAUAGGCCGGCUUACCCAUACAGAGGAAUUCUUCUUGACACAUCCAGGAACUAUGUUUCAGUCAAAGUCAUCAAAAAAACCCUCAAAGCCAUGGGCGCCUCAAAACUCAAUACGUUCCACUGGCACAUCACGGACUCUCAUAGUUUUCCCUACGUUUCCAAGUCGUACCCUAACCUCACAAAGUAUGGAGCGUAUACUCCCAGCAAAAUAUAUACCGAUGGCGAUAUCAAAGACAUUAUCGAGUAUGGACUGAUACGUGGCGUUCGAGUCUUGCCUGAAUUCGAUGCCCCUGCUCAUGUUGGAGAAGGAUGGCAAGAUACUGGUUUUCUGACGUGCUUCAACUAUCAGCCUUGGCAGAGUUUCUGCGUCGAACCACCUUGCGGGCAGUUUGAUCCUACUCAGGAUAAACUGUAUGAUGUGUUGGAAGGUAUUUAUGGUGAUAUGAUCGACCAGUUCCAGCCGGAUAUUUUUCACAUGGGUGGUGAUGAGGUAAGCUUCACUUGCUGGAACCAAAGCUCAAAAAUAAUGGAGUGGAUGUCAUCUAAAGGUUGGGGAAAUACCGAAGAGGACUUCAUAAAACUCUGGAACCAUUUCCAGACCAACGCACUUGAAAGACUGUUCAAGAAAACAGGAAAACCAAUCCCCGUAAUUAUGUGGACUAGUCAUCUCACCCACAAGGAGUAUGUUCUAAAUUCUCUGCCUAAUGAUACGUAUAUUAUUCAAAUUUGGACAACGGGCGAUGAUCCACAAGUGACGAAUCUUCUAGAGAACGACUACAAGCUGAUUCUCAGCAAUUACGACGCGCUUUAUUUGGAUUGUGGAUUUGCUGGAUGGGUCGAUAAAGGAAACAACUGGUGCUCUCCGUAUAUUGGAUGGCAAAAAGUAUAUGAAAACAAACCAGCUGUAGUUGCAGGUGAAAGAAAAAAUCAAAUACUUGGAGGAGAAGCAACGCUGUGGACAGAGCAGGCCGACUCCUCUUCAAUUGAUGGUCGAUUGUGGCCCAGGGCAGCAGCGAUGGGAGAAGUCUUCUGGUCUGAGCCCCAGACUGGUUGGGAAGAAGCAGAAGGCAGAUUUUUAGUUCAUCGAGAACGACUGGUCAACUUGGGUAUAGAUGCUGAUGCUAUAGAACCAGAAUGGUGUAUGCAAAACGAGGAAAAUUGCAGGAUAGGUGCAGCCUUCAAUAGGGUUUAGGUCAAUUUUGUGACAAUAUUUGAUUUGCUCUUACUGACAAUAAUUGCAAAGACUACAACUAUCAAUCUAUAUAUUUUCAUUGAAUAAAUUCUUUUAAUAAUA